UGAUUUUGCAUUUCCGGGAUCUCCGACAGGGAGGAGGACUGUUUUGUCUACUAACAGUCCCCCUCCCUGUCAGCACACCACAGCCAUCCACAGCAGUGUGAUUGCAGUGAAUCACACACAUUCCGCCCCCUAGUAAAACACUCCCAGCACACAAUUAACUCCUUGAUCGCCCCUCAUGUUAACCCCUUCAUGCCCAGUGUCAUUAGUACAGUGUCAGUACUUUUUUUUAGUACUGAUCACUGUAUUGGUGUCACUGGGGAUGUCAGUGAUACCAAGUCAGUUCCCCCCAGUGUCAGAAUGUCUGCCGCAGUCCCGCUAU